ACCCCGGUCGCCUCUGGCAGGCGGGCGACUCCUCCGCUUCCCCCCGCCCCGCUUAAAAGCCCAAUCCGGAGACUUUCGCGAGUUGCGGAGAAGUUGCCUCCCGACCUCCCUGCCUCCCCGCCCCGAGCCGCUCCGGGCGUGAGCUGCCUUCUCCUGUCCCAGGAACACCUGCUAACCGGGAGGAGCCCGGGACCCCGCGAAGAUCGGGAGCCCCGCCGGUUCUGCCAACUUCGAGGUCUCGGCUUCCCUUCUCGCUGACCUUCAGUCCGCUGGAGAGAUCGCGGGAGACUGAGAGGGAAGGGCCGAGUCGAUUUUGGCAGCAUCGGGAGAAAAGGAGAGGAUCCCCCCUUUUCGUUUCCAGCCAGCUCCGACACCUUCUGGACGAUUGGUAGAGGUUGCUACCUUGGCAGCUUUUCUGGUGCCCAAGAGGGCAUCCUGGGCUGGGCACCUUCUGCUGCCAAAGGACCCAUCUCAGCCACAUCAGAACAUGACUGUCAGGUUGGAGAUAUCCAUGGCCGUUUGCCUAAUGCUGGCGCUUCAAGCUCUGGCGAAGCAAGAAAGGCUUAUGAAACCUGAACUGAACAUCAAUCGUGACUAUAUUAUAGUGGAAACCGGAGAUUCCUUCAGCAUAACUUGCAGGGGCUCGCAUGGCUUGACCUGGCAAGCUGAAGAUGCACAGAUCACCCACAGCAAGCGGUGGCAUAUUCACAAGCAGAAAUGUUCAGAGAAACCAUGGCCUUCCUGCAGCACAAUUGGAGUUAACCGAGCUGUGGCCAAUGACACCGGCUAUUUCAUCUGCUUUUAUGACCACCUGCCCUUCAUGGAGGAACUGACAGCCAAGUUAUAUGUCUUUGUUAAAGAUCAGUCACAGCCUUUUGUGCAACCCCACACAAAAAUUCCAGUCCUCAUCAAUGUGCACAACAAUACAGAAGCUAUCAAUGUGCCAUGUCGUGUCACUUCCCCAGAGAUCAAACCGGAGCUGCUGCUGCAUCAAUCUCCCUAUCCUCUCACCUAUGAGAGGAAGGAAUGGGACCCAAAGAAAGGAUUCACAAUCACUUCACCCUGCACUGAGUUCUUUAAUAGAGUGAUCAAAUGUGUUGCUACAGUCAACGAGGCCCAAUAUGAGACAAGUUACUUGACUUCAAAAGUGGAGAUGCGGAUUUGGAACGUGGUUCUGAAAGCAACUCCCCAAAAACUCUUGGUUGGAGAAACCCUUCGUUUGGAAUGUAAAGGGCAGAUGUACUGGAAUGGACGGUUACAAUUUCAUUGGAAAUUUCCAGGAGACAGGGAACUAAGGACAGGAAAGACGUUUGACCAGGAUUUCUAUGAAAGCUCUAGCAAUGUGACUAUCACGAAUGUCACAAUGGAAGACAAAGGGCAUUACAUCUGCAAAGUGUUCAAUAUGGGCAAAGGAGGCAUAGAAGUCAAUACUACGGUCACAAUAUUCAAACAAGCUUUCAUUAAUUUUGUCAAAAAGAGGCAACAACUGUAUUAUGAGGCCCAUGCAGGACAAAAAGUACAGAAGCUGGCUUGGAAGGUUGAUGCUUUCCCUCCUCCAGAUGUGGCUUGGUACAAAGAUGGCCAACUGAUCAAAGGCAAUGACUGCUAUGACUUAGAUUCGGAGAGGUACAGGAUAAUCAUCAGGGAUGUGAGACCGAAGCAUGCUGGGAACUUUACACUGCAUUUGAGGAGCCCGAAGCAUGGCCUCUAUAAAAAUCUCACCAUCCAAUUUGUUGUCCUCGAGAAACCUCACAUUUAUGAAAAGGAGAUUGAUUUUUCCAAUACUGAGCUGGUCACUAAAGGAAGAGAACACAGCCUUCAAUGCACAGCAAGUGGAUGGCCUCUUCCCUCCAUACACUGGGAAUGGGAGCCCUGCAACCAUGCAGACAACCAGUGCAACCAACGUGGAGAGAAAACCAAAGUCCAGAAAACUGCCAGGCACGACACUCCCUAUUUAACCAACAGGAUCAAGGACAUCAGAAAUAUGCAGCUUGUUCAUGGCAAUAUGUUAAAGGUAAACUUAAACCAUAUGGGAUGUCCGGAUGCCACCGAUAUUAAAACUGGAUAUUUGUCCAUCAUAAUGGACCCAGAGGAGAUGCCCCUGGAUGAGCAGUGCGAACGUCUACCUUACGACAGCAACAAAUGGGAGUUCCCAAGGGAUCGGCUGCGGCUGGGUAAAACUCUGGGUCAUGGUGCUUUUGGCAAAGUGGUGGAAGCAUCUGCUUUUGGCAUAGAUAAAUCUUCAACCUGCAAAACAGUGGCUGUCAAAAUGCUUAAAGCAGAGUGUGCAACGACCAAUGAGUGCAAGGCCCUGAUGUCGGAACUGAAGAUCCUGAUCCACAUUGGACAUCAUCUAAAUGUGGUCAACCUACUGGGGGCUUGUACCAAGCCUGGAGGUCCUCUGAUGGUCAUUGUAGAAUAUUGCAAGUAUGGAAACCUCUCUAAUUACCUGCGGGGAAAGCGAGGUGAUUUCAUUGUAUGCAAGCCACCAGAAAAUUCAGACUGUUCAGAGAAAGGAUUGAAAGACUCUAUCAGUGACUUAACAGAGCUAAUUAAGAGGCGCCUGGAAAGUGUGGCCAGCACAGGUAGCUCUGCCAGCUCUGGAUUCAUUGAAGACAAGAGUUACACAGAUUCCGAUUCAGAAGAAGAAGAUGCUGAAGAUCUUUAUAAGCGACCUCUGACUUUGGAGGACUUGAUUUGCUACAGCUUCCAGGUAGCUAAAGGAAUGGAGUUCCUGGCCUCAAGAAAAUGCAUUCAUAGAGAUUUGGCAGCCAGGAACAUUCUUCUUUCUCAAAACAACGUGGUGAAGAUUUGUGAUUUUGGAUUGGCCAGAGAUAUAUACAAAGAUCCUGAUUAUGUGCGGAAAGGAGACGCCAGGCUGCCCCUGAAAUGGAUGGCUCCAGAAGCGAUUUUUGACAAAAUCUACACAACUCAGAGUGAUGUCUGGUCCUUCGGUGUGCUGCUUUGGGAAAUAUUUUCCCUAGGGGCUUCUCCAUAUCCAGGGGUCCAUAUUGAUGAGGACUUUUGUCGACGUCUCAAAGAAGGAACACGGAUGAGAUCUCCAGAGUAUUCCACUCCAGAAAUCUACCAGACCAUGCUGGAUUGCUGGCACAGUAUCCCAACAGAGAGACCCACUUUUACCAACCUUGUGGAACGUUUAGGGGAUCUGCUCCAGGCAAAUGUACAGCAGGAUGGGAAAGACUAUAUCCCACUGAACAUUACUUUGUGUCCUGAUGGGGAGUCCAACCCCAAGAUCUGCAUCUUGGAAGAGAACGUGAGCAAUUUCAUUCACCGCUGGAGUGCUAUAGAAGCCAGCAUUAACUCCAAGAACCGGCCACUCAGUGUGAAAACCUUUGAUGAAGUGCCUGUAGAGAAGGAGAAGAUGAUACAUGAGGACGGUGAAUCAGACAGUGGGAUGGUGUUGACCCUGGAUGAAAUCAAGAGCCGGAAGAGGCUGGAGAUCCGAUCCUGGCCUUAUGGAAUCAUGGCUCUCGCGAGGAAAGCAAUCAACAAAAGCAAGGAAUCCGUGUUCAAUGAGCACGAGCGAGAAUCCGUGAAGUACUGUCCAACCGUUCCGGUGGAGGAUGACCUGAUGGAAGACUCCAUUCUUCUGCCAAUGGAUGCCAGCCUGGAAUGCCACAGCCCACCUCCUGAUUAUAACUCUGUGAUCCAGUACUCAGCUCCUCCAGUGUAGCCAACCAGCCCUGGGGGUGGGGGACCGGCAGGUUUUGCAUCUCUGACCGUGCAGUGUUCUAAGCCAGCUUACUGGUUUUCUUCUUGCUUAACAGAAAUCCUGUCCUAAGUGGAGAAGCCAGACCGUGGCUUAUUCGCCGUUGAAGUCAAAUGUACAAGUGUGCAAGUGCAAGUGGGAAUUCUUUUAAGAGCAAUUCUCUGAAGGCUGUGUCUUUCAAGCUCUCUGGCUUUUAUUUCCUAACCUUCCCCAUGAAAUUAUGUUUUGAAUGCCGUGGUUGUUGCAGUCUAUCUUUUAUUCGGUGGGGUUUGCUCUCUAACACUCUGGACUGCACACCAAUUUUCCAGUUGUUUUGUCCCUUUUAAAAGUUGCUAGGGAAAUUCCAUUCUAAAUACUGAGGUUGUUAUCCAGGGAUAAUUAUCCUCAAUAUUUUGUGCAUAGAGAUCAAAACCUAGCCUGAAACUCAGAUUUAUUGUAGAACCUAAAGCAAUCUGCCAGAACACACCUACAGAGACAUGCUCAGAGACACCCGCUCAAACUGCAAGUUGUAUUUAGCCACAACCAACUUGCAGAACAAGGCUGAGAAAAAUUCUCUGUAGAUAAUUUUGCUUGUUGUACAACAGUGUAAACAACUAAAUGCAAUAAUAAUGAAAAAAAUACAGCACAGGAAAGAAAAAGCCUCAGGUGUUUUAAUGGGCCAGGAAAGUCAGACCCGUGAAACUGUGAAUAUAGAAGCUUCUUAAAAGAGACUUGCUUGUUCUCUAGACCUUAAAGCUGCUAUGCUUAAGCUAGAAAUGUUUUCUGCUUAAUGGAUUGCAAGACAAACCCUUCAGAAGUGCAGCGAGCAUCAGUUAAGCAUGCCUGUUUCCCUCUCUCUGUUGUAAGAAGCAAUAGAGGGGGGGGGGGAGGCUUGUUUUGAAAAGCACUUAAUUUGCCAAUAAUUUAGUCACAGGAUCAGUGGGAAGAGGGCAGUACAACCUACAUCUCACAUCUUCUGAGAUGUUCCAAGUUCACCUGGGUGAAAAUUAAUUUGGAUCCUAUGCAGAGCUGUUGGGGACAGAAUGAUAUUCAAGAAAAUCAAGGUGAUCAGUCCUUGCUCAGGUAGUCAUGAUCACCUUCUGGAGCUUUUUUUUAAUCACUCUCCAACUCCUCCCAGACCCUUGAUUUUGUGCCUUAUUCUCUGGCACAGGAAUUGAAGUAAGCGUGGGAAAGCUUUGCUUGUAUAUAUGCUAAGUCUUUGAGUAAGUUACUAGGACCAAAGAAAGCGUGGCUGGAGUGUGCCUUAAAAACUUUGACUGUAGAAGCAAUAGUCAUAUAACCAAAAAGACAGGGAAAUACUGCUGCCAGCCAAAUAUGUCAAGUGCCUUUUUAAAAACAUACAUAGCUUUAAAAUUAAAAAGAUCUAAAAUGGUGUUUCUCAACCUGGGCGACUUUAAGAUGUGUAAACUUCAUGUCCCAGAAUUCCCCAGUCAAUGUAGCUUUGAAAAGCUUCUUUUGGUGAUUUUGGAAAAUCAGACCUUUUAAAGAAACAGAAGGACACCAAAUGGUUGUGAAGCUGCUGGUUCAUUUGUCAUAUCCU